GGGGUGGACCUGACGGAGGAGAUUUCUCGUCACGUAUUGUCGUUAACUAUCGCCAUGGCGGAGACCUUCUCGCUCGUAGUCAACAUCAUUACCCUCGUCGAUGUCGCCGCACGCAUCGUGGCGGCCGGAAGCGCCUACUCCUCCAGCGCGCGCGGCCACACAGCACAAGUGCGACUGCUCGUUCAAGAAAUAAACACCAUGAGCGGGGUAUUAACCGCCGUCAGCACGACACUGCAAAAUAACGACGUCUCGCCGCACUCCACGAAAUUAGCAGCCCUCAUCGGAGGCCCGAUAGAGGAGUGUACGACUCAGCUUAACGACCUGCAUCUGUUGCUCAUCAAACAGGUGACGGCGAGGCUCUGGUGGAAGCGCAUGGGAAAGCAGUUGAAAUGGCCGUUGAAGGAGAAGGAGACUAUGGGGUUGAUAGAGAGGAUUGGGAGGCUGCAGAGGAGUAUCUCGUUGGCGCUGCACGCCGAUGAUCUAGGUUUUCGGGGGAGUAUUUCGACACAUUUGGUGGAAAUCAGAAAGGAAGAGGAGAUCGCGAGGCAGGAGAGGAACCAAGCGAGACAGCGACGGAAAAGAACCGAGGUCCUCGCAUGGCUAUAUCCUCAAAGCGAACCGCAAAUCCACGAUUCGGCGAAACGGCGGCAUCUGCCUGGAUCCGGAAAAUGGUUCUUCGAGAGCGCCGCCUUUGCUACAUGGAAAUUAAGUCCACGAUCCUUCCUGUGGCUCCACGGACAUCCGGGCGCUGGAAAAACAAUCCUCACCUCCAUAGUAAUCGAUAACCUAACCCCCAACCUCCAACCGAACCAGCAACUAGCAUACUUCUACUGCUCGCCCACCUCGGAGCCAGUCCAUCUCUACGGCUCGCUGAUCGCCCAGCUCCUCAGCUGCACGGACUCCCUCCCAACAACCAUCGUGGAACAUUACGACCGUAACUGGAACCACCGUCCCUGCGCCGACGACCUGAAAGACAUGCUCCUGCGUCUCCUCGCCGAAGCCGGAACACAAGGGAAGGAGACAACACUAAUAAUCGACGGCCUCGACGUUUUUUCCCCACACCAGGACCUUCUAUCGACGCUCUCGGACAUUCCCGCCUCCUCUCCCACCUCCAACUGCCGCAUUCUCGUUACCAGCCGCAUCGAGGAAGAAAUCGAGUACGCCUUCGAGACGCAUACCCGAGUCGCCAUCCAGCCACACAUGGUCAACGACGAAGUCGGCGCCUUCGUCAAGAGCGAGGUCGAGCGCCGACCGACGCUGAAGCGGCUCAACGCCAGCCUGAAGCAGGAGGUGAUCGCGGCGGUCUCCCGCGGCAACUUCGGCUGGGGAUGGGCAGUCGAGAGCAUAGAUAUGGUCGCCCGUAUGAGAACGGAUGGCGAUGUGAAGAAGGCUAUCAAGGACAUUACUAGUCGGACGGGGUAUAGGGAUAAUAGGGGGAAUGGAGGCGGGAAUGAACCGAUUGGGGAGAUACCGGCUAUGGCGUAAUUGGAGGAUUGGAUUAUAGGCUUUGCAUUGCUGGAUUUGGGGAACCGGGGCGUUAAAUAUUUACAUUCAUGAUAUAUAUACCUAUGUUUUUGUUUUUCUGAGGGUAUCAGCCAGUGGAAAUCUCUGCCAGUGUCUUACAUCGGUA